AUGAAUGAGAUUUUGAGCCGGGGUUUGGAAGAUGAGAGACAUUCAGGCCCUACAAGCAAGCGCUCGUCGUUUAUCCUCGUACAUCAUUACAUCGGACGGCUUGCUCAUCAUAUAAGGGCUACAAAAGAGCUGCACCGGGAUACCAAGGAUCUCAGUCACCUCCUUGAUAGCUACGCUGUCUGUAAAAUUCCAGCACCAUCCGCCGUACCUCCGCCCAUUCGCGACUCACACACUAACCUUCGUGGAAUUCUGAAUCGGAUGUUUAAGCACGAUGACCAUGAGAGGGAAAUGCUCGAGGAUGGUCUUCUCCACUUGAAUAAGGUGGCUGGGAUAUUUGAAAAUUUUCUGCGUCAAUAUGACGGCUCCUUGCUCGAAGUUCAUGCGGAGAUCCGACUGUUGGAGUACUUUCACAAGUCGCAAAGAUCAUUCGCGGGUGAAGAUCGUUUCAUCGCUUGUAGUAAGCCAGCGUGCCUCUGCUGCGAAAUGUACUUUAAAUAUCAUCCGGCCCGUGUGAUGGUGUCAUCUUCUCACCGCAAAAUUUGGACGAAGUGGAGUCCUCCACUUGUGCAACACUUCAACGACGAAAGCCCUGCCGCCAGACAACAAAAAUAUAUCUUGAACAAGAUGACGAAAGACCUUCGCGAGCAAGUGGCUAUCCAUAUUCUACAACACUUACCAUCAAAACGCUGGCAUCCAGAUUCAAUCACAAACAUCACGGAUAUCCGGCGCUUUGGCAUUAGCUCUGACUUGCCUGAGGUAUCCGGUAUAGAAAGUCCGGAGACUCACCCAAGUACAUGUACACAAGUUCAUCAAAAUAGGUUCAACAGUCCGCUCGAGGCCGAAUUUUCGGAUACUUUAGUGCAGAAACGGACUUUGAUGAAGGUUUUUGUUCGGAAGAUGGGGGGUUUCUCUUUUUGGCAAUACUUGAAGUAA